AUGGACUUGGCCCCUGCAUAUUUGGCGCCCCCUGUGGGACUUCGCCACAAAGUAAUCACUGACGAAGGCUUUUCUCGACGCAAUCCUCGUGACGGGCCGUAUGGUGUGUUUAUCACGCACCUCGACGAGGGAGUUCACUCAGCCAUCGAUACCGGCCCUUACGAGCACCUAUGGAACCAGUCGACAAGAUUCGUCAUGUCCCUUCUUUGGGAAUCCAAUGAUCAGCGCCAAAGAGCAAAAGAACACUUGAUAUCGAUGAAUAUUGCAAUUGAUCAACAGAAUGAGACAGAGUUGAAUCGUCCUUCUGGCACUGGCUGUAUUGAAGUGCACAAUCUUCAUCGCGCAGGUAUCCAACUAGACCUAGCGGUCAGAGACGUCAAGUUCUAUCGCUCAACUGCGCGCUACGAGGAUGUACGUGACUUUGUUUGGGAGAGAAUCCAGAACAGAAACUAUCCACCAAGCUGGGCUAUCACAAGGCACCAGUUUCAAUGCCAUGUCACCAAAUUUGAAAUCAAACCCUCGAUAUCUAAUGCUUUGGAUAGUGAAGAUGGUGCUUAUCAACAAUCUAAUGUACAAGCCACAUCAAAAUCAACACUCAACGCCAAAGCGAACCGAAAGGUCUCACUAGCCGAUGUUAUUGAGACACAUCGAAAGAUGGCUGCCUCGCAAACAUCUCGGAAGCCCUCUAAGCCCCGGAUUAUAUAA